CUCAUCUCUGUCUCCGGGAGGCCCCGCUGGCUCCUUUGCUCGCGCCUCCAGUCGCGGCCGGGGCGGUGACUCCCGGCGCUGGUGCGAGAGGACAGAGGGGCCGAAGCGCCGAGAGGCAGCGCUGCUGCCGAACCCGUGCCGCGAGGGGGUCGGACCUCGGGGCCCCGCGCUGCCCGGCGGCGCCGCGGUUGGCGCUGCCGGCGGAGGCGGUGUCUGCGCGCGGCGCUCCGGGUCUGUUCUCUCCCGAGCUUUGGCACUCGCCCGAGCUGCUAGUGCGUCCGCCACUGUCUGCCUGCUCGGCUGUCUGCCCUCCCGCCGCCAGCCCUGUCUCUGGGCCCGGCCUCUCCUGUGCUCGGCUGCUCAGCGAGGCGACGAGGAGCGCGGAGGGGCCGGGGCGCACCGGACAGGGCGCGCGGGGCGCACGACUGGGCGCGCACGGCGCGGCGCCGGCCCAUGAAGCUUUCCGGCGCGGGGCGCGGCAGCGCGGGCCGGCCAUGGGGGGCAGCCUGCGGGUGGCCGUUCUGGGCGCUCCAGGAGUGGGCAAGACGGCCAUCAUCCGCCAGUUCCUGUUUGGCGACUAUCCCGAACGCCACCGACCCACGGACGGGCCCCGCCUCUAUCGGCCCGCGGUGCUGCUCGACGGCGCUGUCUACGACCUGAGCAUCCGCGACGGCGACGUCGCUGGCCCCGGCCCGAGCCCCGGAGGUGUCGAGGAAUGUCCUGACUCUAAAGACUGGAGCUUGCAGGAUACGGACGCCUUCGUGCUCGUCUACGACAUCUGCAGCCCGGACAGUUUCGAUUACGUGAAGGCCCUGCGGCAGCGCAUCGCGGAGACCAGGCCGGCGGGAGCGCCCGAGGCACCCAUCCUCGUGGUAGGCAACAAGCGGGACCGGCAGCGGCUGCGCUUCGGUCCUCGGCGUGCACUGGCCGCCUUGGUGCGCAGGGGCUGGCGCUGUGGCUACCUCGAAUGCUCCGCCAAGUACAACUGGCACGUGCUGCGUCUCUUCCGCGAGCUUUUGCGCUGUGCUCUGGUACGCGCACGUCCUGCACAUCCAGCCCUGCGCCUGCAGGGGGCGCUGCAUCCAGCGCGCUGUAUCCUCAUGUGACC